CCAGCUAAACGCCGUCUUCUGAAGGUUCUGGAGGCUCAGACAUGGAGGAAGAACCCUCACCCGAGGGACAAGUGGCAAAUUGGCCCAAAAUAUCUCACGACCAAGCCGUCAGGGGAAUGAGGUGGUGCCCAGAAUAACAAGAGGAAUAAAGUUGUCAAGUCAUGCCAGAAGAGAAUGCUUCAUGCUGAUGAUAAGGAAGGAUGUUGAAGUACUCGGAAGAAUGAGCUAGAGACGCCCCUGAAGGGCGGGAGACCAUAGCGUCUCCGGGCUUAAAGGCCCAUGUACUCCAGGCAUCCGGGGGCACUCCAAUUGGCAGUUCCUGGGCAUCUUCCCUGGAAUGAGACUCCCCAAAGGUUUCCUAUCACGCUCGAAUGAUAAAGUGUGGGAUGUGUGCACAAGAUGGCCAGAUCAGUGUCCCCUAUGAAGAUGUCUGAAUCAGGUCCCGCGAAUAGAGACGCCAGAAGCAGAUCGAGUACGUCACGGUCUCAGGUUUUCCACUAUGCAAAGUGCUACAACAGUCUGUCUCGAGAUCUUCUUGGAAGAUUCCUAAAAGAGUGGGAAGAAGAAUGUGGGACUGCCAAGGAAGAGGCAACUCCUUGGGCAAAUGGAGAGAGUCCAUACUGUCUCACUACCUUUAAGAAUCUUUGCAAGAGCAACACCCUUCUUUGGGACAAUGAGUCGAACAGCACUACUGGUAAAUGAGUAGUAGAAGGAGCUGCACUUGUCUUCAUCGGGACUGGCAAUAUCAAGAGUAACGGGAUUAGUAUUAACCUGCUUAGCUAAUUGAGGGACUGGACUAGACUGAGCUCCUUUAGUGCUACCAUCUCCACACCUCACAAGUCUGGCCAGACAUGCAGCCAACAGCACAGCUGUCCCACAAGUUGUAGUGGGGUCAUCCUAGCAAUUUAGCUCGGUCAGAUUAUAUAAAUUGUAUGGCUGUGGGCUCUGACUUGCACUUACAAUUUAUGUAAUCUCCUUGGUGAUGGGCAUCCUAUGAUCACUGGCCCGUGAAUAGGGUGACUAACGUCGAGUGGGAAAGAGCAUGAAUCAACCAUAUGCAUGCAUGAUUUGGCACAAGUAUAUACGCUAUCAAAAUGCACUAUUGCAGGUAUUUGGCAGUCGUUUUGCUGAUGCCCUCUCUUGUUACAAGAGUAAACUGCAGGGCCAUUCUCAUGAUUGUGAGUACAUCUGUCUAAAGGCUCUUUGCCUAGGCUGGGCUUGGGGCUUGAGUUAUUCAUAGCCUUCUCAGUUGAAGUUGCAAAAGGAUGAGCUUCGUACCAAGGGUCGUAUGGACUAUAGCGGGAAUAAGUGAGGGCUUGUUACUUUGUGGCGUUAUCCCAAAGUCUAUAACAAUUGGUACCGGCUUGGAGUCUUGACAUGUAUAUUCCACCCCUGGCAACACCUGGACUGAAGACUUUGACCUUGUCAAGCGACAUGCGUCCU